UGCAGCACUUCACUGAACGAGUGUCCAAGCGAGUGUCUGAGCAAGUUUCCGAGGGAUUGUCCGAGCGAGUGUCAGAGCGAGUGUCAGAGCGAGUUUCCGAGGGAGUGUCAGAGGGAGUGUCAGAGCGAGUGUCUGAGGGAGUGUCAGAGCGAGUGUCUGAGGGAGUGUCAGAGCGAGUGUCUGAGGGAGUGUCAGAGCGAGUGUCUGAGGGAGUGUCAGAGCGAGUGUCUGAGGGAGUGUCAGAGCGAGUGUCAGAGCGAGUGUCAGAGCGAGUGUCUGAGGGAGUGUCAGAGCGAGUGUCUGAGGGAGUGUCAGAGCGAGUGUCUGAGGGAGUGUCAGAGCGAGUGUCUGAGGGAGUGUCAGAGCGAGUGUCAGAGCGAGUGUCAGAGCGAGUGUCUGAGGGAGUGUCUGAGGGAGUGUCAGAGCGAGUGUCUGAGGGAGUGUCUGAGGGAGUGUUAGAGCGAGUGUCAGAGGGAGUGUCAGAGCGAGUGUCUGAGGGAGUGUCAGAGCGAGUGUCUGAGGGAGUGUCAGAGCGAGUGUCUGAGGGAGUGUCAGAGCGAGUGUCUGAGGGAGUGUCAGAGCGAGUGUCAGAGCGAGUGUCAGAGCGAGUGUCUGAGGGAGUGUCUGAGGGAGUGUCAGAGCGAGUGUCUGAGGGAGUGUCUGAGGGAGUGUUAGAGCGAGUGUCUGAGGGAGUGUUAGAGCGAGUGUCAGAGCGAGUGUCAGAGCGAGUGUCAGAGGGAGUGUCAGAGGGAGUGUCAGAGGGAGUGUCUGAGGGAGUGUCAGAGCGAGUGUCUGAGGGAGUGUCUGAGGGA